GGAAACACAAAAGAAGGGUUCUAUUUUUGGUGGCAGGAUUACGGGUAAUGGGUUCCCAAAAUGAAACAAACAUAUUCUGCUGUGAUAGAUGUGCUACCGUUAAACAAUGGCAGCUGAAAACCUUGUUCUGACAGUAGGCAAGACAAGAAGUUGGAAAAUUCUUCGUCUUAUAGUCGAUGGAGGUACAUUAGUCUUAAAAUACACAUUUGACAAAGGUACAUCACACCGGAAAGCAUUUCUUUCUGAAGAAAAGAACAACCUGCUUGGGGCCCGGUCUAAAAAUGCAUUAACAAAAACACAAUACGACUUGUUAUAUCCUACGUCUGGUUCAUCAUCGUCAGCAGAUUAUGAUAUUACACUGCUAGUUGCACUACACCGGACAUGUUUGUGCUCAAAGAAGGAGAACGAUCCUGUAUGGAGAUUUGGUAAUACACCGCAUCAAAACGACCAUUCUGUUGAGGCAGACAUUGUCCGCUUAAGAGAUUCAAGAAAUGAG